UGAUGCAGAAACAACAGGUGUCACAGCUUCACCUGGGAGCCUACUGAGAGCAUCAGAGACCUUGGAAUACAACUGCUGUGGAUCUUUAUUCUGAUCAGCCCCAGCACUAACAACUGCUCCAUCUUUCAUUUGCUUACAAGGCUGUACAGGCAUGGACAAGUACAGACUACUGCUCGGAGUCCUCUUUGUGACUCUGUCUUGGAGUUGUAUGCAGACAUAUGCUCAGAACGUAACAUCCAACCCAACAUCACCACUCCCAAAUGGAACAAUGACAGGAGCAAAUGGAACAAUGACAGGAGCAAACUCAACAUUACCAGGAGGCAAUGGAACAGCACCAGGAGGCAAUGCAACAACACCAGGAACAAAUGGAACAGGACAAGGAGAAAACAAUUUAACAACUCCUGCUGUAACAACACCAACUCCUGCUCCAUUGGCACCAAACACAUCAGUGGAAACUCUUCCGACAACUGUCAGCAGAACUGAAUGUGGAACGACACAGCUGUGUGCAGCAGAGCCUUCUUCAUGUGACCCAUCAACAGGUUCAUCAUGCUUCUUUCUUGGUGCCCAGAAAAAGGAUGGUAACAACUUUGAGUUUGCACUCUCUGGAGAGUCUGAUGGCUACAUUGCAGCAUCUGUGUUGAGUCCUUUCAAUAACAAAGAAGUUACUUAUAUCUGUGCAAACGACAACAAUGUAGUGAAGUUUUUUGGUGCAAUUCUGGAAAGUGGACAACUAACCAUGACGAAUCUCAGUGCAAACUCUGUGAAGGGCAAAGUGAACGGCAAAAAAAUCCAGUGCACAUUCUUGGCCACAGUACCAGACACACGUAUUCCAGCAGCCAAGAGAGCACGUAGAGCAACAGACGUCACCCUCUCUGUCUCAACUGGAGCGUACAAUGCAAGUUCUGGCACUCUAGGAACACCAACCACAGCCGUAAGAGCAGCUGUUGCAGACCUGGCAAACAGUAAUGCCACUGUUGUUAACGAGAUUGCCAACUCAACAAAUACAAGCACAACACCUGCACCAGGAGCAAACGUAACAACACCAGGAGCAAAUGCAACAACACCAGGAGCAAACAAUUUAACAACUCCUGCUGUAACAACACCAACUCCUGCUCCAUUGGCACCAAACACCUCAGUGGACACUCUUGCAACAACUGUCAACAGAACUGAAUGUGGACUGACACAGCUGUGUGCAGCAGAGCCUUCUUCAUGUGACCCAGCAACAGGUUCAUCAUGUUUCUUUCUUGGUGCCCAGAAAAAGGAUGGUAACAACUUUGAGUUUGCACUCUCUGGAGAGUCUGAUGGCUACAUUGCAGCAUCUGUGUUGAGUCCUUUCAAUAACAAAGAAGUUACUUAUAUUUGUGCAAACAACGACAAUGUAGUGAAGUUUUUUGGUGCAAUUCUGGAAAACGGAAAACUAAACAUAACAAAUGUCAGCGCAAACUCUGUGAAGGGCAAAGUGAACGGCAAAAAAAUCCAGUGCAGAUUCUUGGCCACAGUACCAGACACACGUUUUCCAGCAGCCAGGAGAGCACGUAGAGCAACAGGCGUCACCCUCUCUGUCUCAAAUGGAACGUACAAUGCAACUUCUGACAGUCUAGGAACACCAACCACAGCAAUAAGAGCAGUCGUUGCAGACCUGGCAAGCCCUAAUGCCACUGUUGUUAAUGAGAUUACCAACUCAACAAACACAACUACUGCCCCUACAACUGCCCCUACAACUACAGUUGGAUCUCUCCAGACAGAUAUCAGUAGCAGUGGGUGUGGAACUGACAAACUUUGCGCAUCUGAGCCCUCAUCGUGCAACCCUGCUGCUGGAGGCACCUGCUCCUUUUUGUCUGCUAAGCUGAAGAGUGGUCAGAUCUAUUCCUUUGAGCUUUCAGGACUGUCAGAUGGUUACAUCGCCUCUGCCGUGUCAAGUGACUCUACUGCGGGUAAUGGAGACUCAACCUACGUGUGCGCCAACAACAAUGGUGUAGUUAAAUUCAUCACUGCCACCUACAACAGUAAUUCAUUGACUGAGACAGCGCUGAACGUAACAUCUGGCUCUACGUAUGGCAAGAUUAAUGGAAAACAAAUCCAGUGUACUUUUGAGGCCACACUUCCAGACACCACUACUCGCGCAGCAACCUACUCAAUGAUAAUCAUUAAUGGAACUUAUGAUCCCACUACAAAUGCUUUUGGAACUCCUCUCGUUCUGUUGAGAACCAAUCUUGUAAACUUGUCAGAUCCUUCAGCAAAUACCACCAACCUUGUUUCUGGAGUGGCACCACACUACCAUCCCUUAAUGCAAGCUCUGCUGGUCACUAUUGCCAUCCUGGUUCUCCCCAUCUUUGGACACUGAUAUAAACCAUGUGACACUUCUCAUCCAUCUGCAAAUGCCCGUGAAUGUAAACUUUGAAGAUUUUAUACAAGAUAACCCAUGGAAAGAGCACUCCCCACGGAUUACCUUUAAAGCCAAUGUAGUACAAUUUCGUUAUGUCGUUUUCUGAUGUCUGUAUGAGUUUUUAACCGUAGAAACAACACAGAAGAGUUCAAUGUCUUUUGUGUAAGUAUUUAAAUGCAUGAAUGUUGGAUUUCUUCUCCUUCAUAGACGUUUAAAAGGGUUUAAAAUAUUCAAAUUGGAAUUUCAGACUCAAAUAAAAAAAAUGCGCUCAUUAAACUUUUCUAAAAGUUGCAAACCAAAUUACUGUUUUUCACAUGCAUGGUAUAAUUUAUGAAAAAUGGGUUUUAAGGUCUGGUUACCUCUCAAACCCUUGUCCUUUCUGCAUUAGAUUAAAAUCUGAUCAAAAGCUUUGAUUACUUGUAUUUGUUCUUGUUUUGAUCAUAAUGGCGUUAUUGAAUCAGAGGUAUAUUUUUGCUUCAUUCCUGCAAUGAAUUAAAGUAUCCUGUAAGAGAUGGUCCUUUUGAUAUUUUAUUAUGAAGUCAAUUCUGACUGAUGUUUUUUUUGUGUGUGUGUAUAUAUUUAUGUGUGUAUAUGUGAUACAAUGAAAUUAAAUAUCCUAUCUAACAUUAGUAAAAGGGAUUUUACAUAUUGCAAACUACUUUUGAUCUCACAUUAAUGGUUUGGAAAUAAAGAAUUAAGAAACUAA